UACCGCUAUGUCGAAGCGCUCAAGGUAGCAGUAGUAACUCGCAUUAGAUUAGGCGCCAUGGUGAAGUAUUCGAAGGAGCCCGACAAUCCCACCAAGUCCUGCAAGGCAGGGGGCUUUGAUCUUAGGGUUCAUUUCAAGAACACAAGGGAAACAGCUUUUGCCAUUAGAAAAUUGCCUUUGGUUAAGGCAAAGAGGUAUUUGGAGGAUGUUAUGGCUCACAAGCAGGCCAUACCAUUCCGACGCUUUUGUGGAGGCGUUGGACGUACUGCACAGGCAAAGAACAGACAUUCUAAUGGACAAGGUCGCUGGCCUGUAAAAUCGGCCAAGCUCAUUCUAGAUUUGCUGAAGAAUGCUGAGAGCAAUGCUGAGGUCAAGGGUUUGGAUGUCGAUGCACUCUAUAUUUCUCACAUCCAGGUAAACCAGGCCCAGAAACAAAGGCGUCGUACCUACCGAGCUCACGGAAGAAUCAACCCUUACAUGUCUUCUCCUUGCCACAUUGAGUUGAUUUUGUCUGAGAAGGAAGAGCCUGUCAAAAAAGAGCCUGAGACUCAAUUGGCAGCAAGCAAGUCCAAGUAAUCCCAAGCUUCCUAAUGAGUGAAAAAGUUUGAGAAUUUGAGUCAGCUCAGUGGUUGGAUUUCUUACUUUUCUUUUU